AUUUUGUCCACGCUCCAGUCAGAAUCUACCAAUAAAUCAACGGCCAGGAUCGUUUCCUAAAAUUCAAAAAUUAUCGCGAUUAUUUAUUUAAACCAACAAAAAAAUCACUUUGUUCAUUCUGUUUUUAAAGUCUAUCUUCCUCUCUCUCGCCAUUAAAACUCAGUUUCCUUUUGCAGAUUAUCCAUUCUCACCGAUUCUCCGAGAGAUUUGAGAUUUACCGUAAAAAUGUCGAACACUUAUCAGAAUCGGCGUCCUUCGUUCUCCUCGUCGACAAAAUCGUCCAUAGCAAAGCGUCACGGACCGUCUUCUUCGUCGGAAAACUCUCUGAAACCGACCUCUGCCAUGGCGGUUACGGCGGAUCCGCGUUUGACGAAGAAACGCGCCCCACUUGGGAACAUCACCAAUCAAAAGAACAGUUCACGAAUCGCAAAUUCAUCCUCUGACUUGACACAUUGCUCCAACAAGUCUGCGAAAUUGAAGUUAGCACCAACACAGCCUGUUUGCGUACAUGUUUUACCUCUGCAACAACAAAGUGUGAAGCCAAGCGUCGUAGUUCCUACCAAAGUUGCUUCCUUGCCUUAUGAACACAAGCCGUCUUCUCCGAGCAAAUCCGAUGACGAGUCAGUCUCAAUGGACGAGACAGCAUCUACAUGUGAUUCCUACAAGAGCCCUCAAGUUGAAUAUAUCGACAAUCAAGAAGUCUCUGCUGUGGUUUCGAUCGAAAGGAAAGCAUUGAGUAAUCUCUACAUAACGCCGACUUCAGAGACAACGGGUAACUAUUGCAGAAGAGAUGUUUUGUCAGAUAUGGGAACGAAUAAGAAGGAUAACUUCGUCAACAUCGACAAUAAUGACGCGGAUCCUCAGCUUUGCACAACAUUUGCUUGUGAUAUCUAUAAGCAUCUCCGAGCCGCAGAGGCGAAGAAGCGGCCAGCGGUUGAUUUUAUGGAGAGAGUUCAGAAAGACGUGAACUCUAGUAUGCGCGGAAUACUAGUUGAUUGGCUUGUUGAGGUAUCAGAAGAGUAUAGGCUUGUACCUGAGACGUUGUAUUUGACAGUGAAUUACAUUGAUAGAUAUCUAUCUGGGAAUGUUAUUAGUAGACAGAAACUUCAGUUGCUUGGUGUGGCAUGUAUGAUGAUAGCAGCAAAAUAUGAAGAGAUAUGUGCGCCACAAGUUGAGGAAUUCUGCUACAUCACUGAUAAUACAUUUCUCAAAGAUGAGGUUCUUGACAUGGAAUCUGCUGUUCUGAAUUUCUUGAAGUUUGAACUGACAGCUCCAACAAUCAAAUGCUUUCUAAGACGCUUUGUUCGCGCUGCCCAUGGGGUUCAUGAGGCUCCAUUGAUGCAGCUAGAGUGUAUGGCCAACUACAUUGCUGAACUAUCGCUUUUGGAGUACACAAUGCUCUCUUAUUCUCCAUCACUAGUGGCUGCUUCAACCAUUUUCUUGGCUAAGUACAUUCUAGACCCAACAAGAAGACCAUGGAAUUCAACGUUGCAGCAUUAUACGCAAUAUAGAGCAAUGGAAUUGAGAGGAUGUGUGAAGGAUCUUCAACGAUUGUGUAGUCACGCUAAUGUCUCUACUUUGCCUGCUGUGAGAGAGAAGUACAGUCAACACAAAUACAAGUUUGUGGCGAAGAAGUUUUGUCCAUCCAUAAUCCCACAAGAGUUCUUCAACAACAUCUAAAAUCUUCAAUCUACUUUGUUCCAAUGUUGAGUUGGAUUUGGUUGUCUGAUUGUAUAUGAUUUUGCUGUUGUUUUGGCCAGUUAUUAAAAAGUUAGCUAUCUACGAUAGUGUAAUCGCUGAAACUGCAAAAUCAAUUUAGUAGAAAACUUGUAUGAUUAGAUGAAUAUUUGAUUCAAUAAGCUGACUUCUCAUGGAUGAGUAAAAUUGGGAAAGUAAAUAUUAAUCUGCUGCUUAGUUUAUA